CUGUGAGACAUUUUAGGGACACUUAGUGAUGAAAAUAGAUCACAUCAUGAAUCUUAUCUAUUCUGGUAAAUUUGAGUAAUUGCUCCAUUGUUUCAUCAAGUACAACACGUAUUGUCAUGUCAGCGUAAUUACAUGCUAUUAAUUGUUGCAAUGACUGUUUAUGUGUUUGCUCUUAGACUGUGUUUGCUGUUCAGUUGAAGCCGAUUUGCGGUUGACGGCACUGGUUUGUCUUCAGCCCUCUCUGCAUGUGCGCAGUGAAAUAUUUGGCAGCCUUCUUGUUUUUCAAGAGGAUCUGGUCUGCAGAGGUUGCCAUGAGCACUGACCUACGAAGCCCCUCCCAAGGCUCCAGCUCUGUGGAAGGAGGAACAAAAGUGAAACGCUCUUUUAAACUUGACAAGAAUGUGCACUCUGUCGGGUCUGGUGGGUGGGUGUGUGUUUGGCGGAGGGGGUUGCUGCGCUGCCGGAGCCAGGCCUUCACAAUCUCUCUAAAUUACUGAUAACAAUGAGAGUCCGGGGCCAGAAACACUGAGGCCAGUGUUCUGGAAUAGCGGCUGGUGGGAAAGAGUGGGGAGCAGAGGGAAGUCAUGAGGCAGCUUGGACAGGAAAGGUGAGGAAAAUGUCAGGAAGCCUCUGUUGAGGGCGGCGACUGAAAUGAAAGAGGCGCAGCAGCAAACCCAAAAUACAGUGUAUCCUCUCGGUUAUUUACACGCCUAAAAGAAGGUGAGGCGAGGACGCGUCAGUGUUUGCAGACCAAGCAGAAGAUCAACUACACACCUGUCUGGCUCUCCUGCUGCACCACAGCGGUCUGAACUGUCUCAGCUCGACAGUCAUUGUGAGCUGGAGUGCAACUGCUGCUGUGCAGGGGUUCCAUUUCCAGAGGAGCCACACACGUAUGGAGAAAAGUUUUUAGAAAGACAGAGGGGGAAAAUAAAAGGGAGUUAACCAUUGAAUAAAAAAGGAUGAGCAUGCACUGUUCCAAAUAUAAAGCACUAUUAUUCAUGUUUUAUUUGAUAUGCCUCAAAUGUUGAAUACAACAUUUAAAAUUAGGGACAGGAUUUAAAUGUAUUUUGACUAAUACUUUUUUUUUUAAAUGCAAAUACGUUUCUUUAGCAUUUUUCAGGCCACUGCAUUAUACACUUCAUUGAUAAGUAGUGCACGUCCAGCCUGAUGUAUCGGCUCAAGUGCACAGAUUUAACUUCAAUUUCACCAUUCUGAUAUCAACUUUCUAAUUUAUUUUUAAUUCGAUUAUCGCGAUUAAUUUACUUUCUUUAAUCAGCCUUCACCUCUAAUAAAAAUAUGGGUCAAAACAUUUUUUCCAGCUUUGGAAUCUGGACGGUAAUAUAUCCCCAUCAACUGUAUUAUUACCGAUACAUUUCAAUGUUUCAAGUCAUUUCUGUGAGGGACAGUUGAAUAGAGCAAGCUAAAAAUAGUUGUGAUAAUAAUAGUGAAAUAAAUCACAAAAUAGUAUUCUUCAAGCUCUGUUUCACGCUGCCCUCAUGAGGGCCGGGUCAGCGCAGACCAAGGGCCACAUUUGGCGCCUGUAUUUUGAGUCUGAAAUUGUUCCAGAGGUGAAAAUACCCCGCUAGCAAGCAUGCGGUGAACUGUGUUUUGGGAGUUCAAGUUGAAGUCACCUGCAGUCUGCUUGUCAGACACCAUGUAAUAAAGAUAGAUGUACAUGCUAAUAACACUCCAGAGGUUUACUGCGGCGAGAUCUAUAUCCCUGAGCUAAGAAAGUCUUGCGAGUCAUUUUAUUCUCUGUUGAACCAGUGCCAAAGGAGCUCAGGGCAUGGCUUCGACCUUGUCUGCGUGAGGUAGUGUUUGGGUGAGACAAAUCUCUGGGUGAGAGUUGGGAAUGUGAUGACGAAUAGCUCCCGCCAGAGACUGUUCUUUCACUCGGGCUGAAACUGUCUUGCCGUCGUGAUUAUUACCGGUGAGGAUGAAGUCAUAGCACAACCAGUUUGUUCAUGCGUCACGGACUGUUUGAGCUUCUUUGACUCUCUCUUUAAAUGUUGGUAACAUCUAGUAAUUACAGACUUUCAAAGAUCCACUCCCACAGAAUCAAAGCUUGUGGUUUCAGUUGAGCAAAGACACCAUAAACAUUGAGAAUUUUUAUUUUUUUUCCCCAAAUCUAGCUCUUAUUGGAGAAAAAUAUCUGAUGUAUAAAUAUAUUUCUAAUAAAAAUAAAUAUUUUAUUCACAUUUAUCUGACCCCAUAUUGUCAGAUUACAUUAGAUAAGCUUCAUGCUUCCAAUACGUUACGUGUAUUUUUUUACUUCAAAACGUACUCAAAAGCGAAGUUUUUCCUUUGUUUCAUAAGAAAUUUGUGUUGGUUUGGUUGUGUUGCUUCAAUUGUAUUUAAAGAGGGCUGCUGAAUAUGCAUAACUAUGGAGUAUGAAUUGAUCAUACAUAGUCUAAAAAUCUGUUCAGUUACCAAGCUAAAAGAGGGUAAAACUCGAUUUAAAUGCAGUGCAGAGUGCAUCUGUUCUUCUUCCUUAAAAAAGUAGUGCUUCCGGUUACGACCCAGUUCCGACGAUAAAUGGCUGAGUAUGAAACAUAAAAUGUUUGGUAUGGGCAGAAUGAAACGGAAUUUCUUCUCUCUAGUCAUCGCUUGAUAUUUUUGACCUUUAAAUUUACUUAUAUAAUUAUAAUUUCUGUUCAUAUACCUUGUCCAAUGUUACUUCAUGUGGAAAUGAAGCAACUCUUAGGGUUGUGGAUGGUCAUUAAAAUUCAGUUUUCAGUGGCCCACAGCAUUUCUACUAUGCCACUACAAAGGGCAGAUGAUUGUCAGCUUCCAUUUGUUUUGUAUGGGCUACAACGCUACUUUUCAUUUGCUGUUUACCGGCGCCCUCAGGUGACCUCCCCUCCCCUCCCCUCCCUCAGCACACUGAGGCCUACAGAAGCAGUUGGGUCACUCUAACAGGUGAAACGUGAUCCACAGACAUCAGACAUGUGCUGCAUCCUGCUUUAUUUGCAUCAACAAACUCAUGCGCUCAUGUUAGCUCAGCACCAUGUCAGUGUCGUGUUAUGCGACCCAAAUAAAAGGGGCGAGGGAGGAGCUACACGCGAAACACAGCCAUGAACCCGGGCAUAGUUAAACAACGUAAAUGAAGAAAAAUAAAAGUAUUUUGUGUAAUUAUAUGAUGACUGUCACACUUAGUUGCUACUGGGGAAGGAGUAGCUGGUCACAUCUGACAGUUUAGAUGUUGAAACUAAAUGGGCUGGAACCGAAACAGCCAUAUCAGCGGAGAUAGUGUCAGCUUCAAGAACACCUUUGACCACAAAGGGUUUCCAAGGAACCGUAGUUAGCUGUGCCAGAGCGCUGCUUUUUUUCAUCUCUAUCAGCCGUGUCACAUCUAUAAAUCAGACACGCCUAGUGACACACAGCCUUCAGUGUGUGUGUGUGUGUGUCGGUGAACCUAAGAAUGUAACACACACAAGAAAUGUUUCUCAUGGAAGUGAGAACAAACACAGAGCUGCUGGAUUUUGCAAUUUCGACUCUACAAGUGGCAACCCGCGCGCAUGUUUUUACAUUUCCAUAUUUUAGAAUAUCGAUGAAGCACUUAAUUUAUUGAGGAGACACUUUGAUCUGACAUCCAGUUUCUCCCUCGAUGAAGUAAAAGCAUCAACCAAAAAUGCUAUAUUAGUCGUAGAGUUGUACUUCUACUGGCCGUUUCGAAAAAGAUACUUCUAUCUUCCAGACGCAUUUUCAGCAUGAAUAUCUGUACACACACAUCUGAUCACCUUUCCAUAGUCAUUUAUUCACAGUAAUAGUCGAAGAAGAAGAAGUGGCACUCAUAGAAGUAGUCGUAGUAGUAGAACUAGGAGUAAUAGUACUAGUGGUGGUACUUGCAGGAGUAGUAGUAGUGGACAGUCCAACUACCACUGAGUAUCAGAUUUUCUUUUCUCUUGAUUUUUUUGAUGCACAGUUAUUCAUUUGUUUAUCUGUAUACUAUUUUGUUAUUAUUAUUAUUAUUUACAUAUUUGUUUUGUGUAUGAACUGCUGAUAAAUGUAUGUAUUUCUCCAGUCUGCGUUGACCUCCUGCCAACUACUCCACCACUUUUUUUCCCGUCGUCCAAAAACUUGUCCAGUUUGUUUGACCAGCAGAGCUGUUUGUUUUACGGUCCGCCAUAAUCCGCACUGGAGAACAAAAGGAAGUAUAUGGAAGUAUUGCAGGUAUGUCAGCGGUGCAGGAGAACUGCGCUACCAGGAGCGGAUCCUCCAGACCACGCCCUCUUCAGGAGCAGUUCCUCCUCCUGAGAAAAAAGGGUCAAAGUUUGUCCCACACCGGAGACAAAAGACGACAAAUACAGCGCAGAGAUCGCGAUUCAACAUCGGGAUUAACUGGAUUUAAUCUCCAAACAGGCGGCCAUGCUUCUGAAAUGCGCCUUGUUGGCUCUGCUGGCGAUUCACUUGUCGCUUGUUCCUGUCGAGGCACGAGGGAAUCGCGAGGUGCUGCAGAGACAGAAGAGGGAGUGGAUCUCUGCCCCCCGAAAACUGAAGGAGAACCAUGACUACUCAGGCUUGGAAAGCAUCGCCAGGAUUCGCUCCGAUCAGGAGAACUUCACCAGGAUUGUGUACUCGCUGCGAGGGCCCGGGGUCAACGAGCCUCCCGUCGGCGUGUUUGGUGUCGACUCUAAAACUGGCUACGUGAAGAUCUACUCCGUCUUGGACCGAGAAUAUAUCGAGUACUAUCAUCUGAUCGGGAGUGCAAAAUACGAGGACGGACGUCCGGCUGAAAAGGAUAUCGACCUCAAGAUCACUGUCCUGGAUGAGAACGACAAUCCUCCAGUGAUCAGAGUGAAUCAAGUGGGAUCCGUGCACGAGUCCAGUCGAGCAGGGACCGUCGUCAUGAGGGUGAACGUGACAGACGCCGAUAAAGAAAACACCAUCAACUCGAAGAUCUACUACAGUAUUGAGGGAAGUUCAGCCGCCUUCUUCCAGAUCAACUCUCAGACCGGUGAAAUCAUGGUGAGGCAGAGCACGCUCGAUCGAGAGACACAAGAUACGUACAAGGUGAUGGUCAGAGCAGCAGACCUGAACGGACAGUCUGGAGGAAACACUGUGACAGGGGAAGUGGUGAUCAAACUUCUGGACAUUAAUGACAACGUUCCUUACCUGGAGAAAGAAUCGUAUGAAGGGAAGGUGGAGGAGAACACGGUGAACAUGGAGGUGAUGAGGAUCCAAGCGUUGGACAAGGAUCUGAUCCACACCGACAACUGGCUGGCCGUCUAUCGGAUCGUCUCCGGGAACGAAGGGGGCUACUUCACCAUCACCACCGACAAAGAGACCAACGAGGGUGUCAUCACGAUCACGAAGGCGCUGGACUACGAGGAAAUAAAGGAGCUCAACCUGGGGAUCGUGGUGGCCAACAAGGCGGCGUACAGCCACACCAUCUCUGGCUCCACCACCUCGAAAACCUACCCGGUGAAAAUCAACGUGGUCAACCAGAAGGAGGGGCCUCGUUUCCAGCCCAGCGUCAAAGUGGUGACCAUCUCCGAGGACUCGUCCUCAGUUUCCAUCAAUAAGGUCAUCACCACGUACACGGCCAUCGACAGUGACACUCAGCAGACGGCCACCAACGUCAUAUACGCCAAAUACCGGGACGAAGACAACUGGUUAAUCGUGGACAAAAACACGGCAGAAAUUAAGCUGAACAAAAUGCCUGACCGAGAGUCCACGUUCCUGAUAAAUGGAACGUACUACGCUGAAAUCAUUUGCAUCACGCAAGACUCCACAUCCAAGACGGCCACCGGGACCAUCGCCAUCCAGGUGGAGGACUUCAACGAUCACUGCCCCCAGUUGACCGCCACGACCAAGACCAUGUGCUUUGAGGACAACGUGGUCUUCGUCACUGCUGUAGACGGGGAUGACUUCCCUAAUUCGGCACCCUUCGAUUUCCAGGUCAUUCCGGACGGAAGCACCGGGAAGUGGACAGUAGAGCAUUAUAACGACACAACGGCCAUCUUGAGAGACCAAGCGAGCCUCUGGCCAGGCAUUUACAAGGUGCAGUUGUUGGUGAAAGACCAGCAGGGGAAGUCGUGCACUGACCUGCAGGUGAUGGACGUGGUGGUCUGCACUUGCCACGAAACCACCAAAACCUGUUUGGCCCGCAACAGAAAGACGUCAGAAUUCGGCGCUCCUGGUAUUCUGCUGAUGCUGCUGGGAUUCCUGCUCCUGCUUUUGUUGCCCCUCUUGCUGCUGUUCUGUCUGUGUGGAGCCACUUCAGGAGACUUUAAGCCCAUUCCCAUUGACACGAAGCAGCACCUGAUCUCCUACCACACGGAAAGUCAAGGAGAAGACAAGGAGGUGCCCCUGCUUCAUGGCAACGUUGGCAAAAUAACCACCAAAAACGUCGACACUUUACAUGCGGGGGGCAUGGUGGACACAAGCCGUUGGGGUGCAGCCGGACACGCUGAUGGACGUUACUCUCACAACGUUGACAUGGAAACCAUGGAGAGAACGGGGCAUUAUUACAAAUCCGGAUUCACUGAGAACCUGGACUACAUGGAUGGAGGGGUGAUGACUUGGCAGCACAGCAGUGGAUACAGUGGCGGGGUCUUCGACGGAAUGGCGCUGUCACGUGAUUUCCUGGGAAGCUAUUAUCUCAGCAAAUCUGAGCACGCAAGUCAGCAGACCCAGCUGACGGACAACUUGGAGAUCUUCGACUACGAAGGCGAAGGGUCCCUGGCAGGCUCCGUCGGCUGCUGCAGCCUCCUCGACCCUGACGACAACCUGGACUUCCUGAAUGACCUGGGGCCUAAAUUCAAAACCCUCGCCCAAAUUUGCCAAGGAUCCACCAUUGUGACGGAGUCCGUCAAAACGAAGGUCUCUGUUCCUCCGCCUCGGCCGGUGUCGCCGGUGAAGCCGCCGUCCAGCCACACCCACGUGCACACUCACACGGAAACCCACACCAACCGGGACCGGAUCAACACCUCGGGACUAUCCACCUCUACCUUGUCGAGGGUACAAGUUCAGGACAAUGUUGUGAUUCCGAGUCAGACGGUUCUUGUUCAGCAACCCGCCAUGUACUACGCGGCCACACCCAUGUAUGUGGUCGAGUCCAAUCCCCAGAUGAUGCUUGUCACAGGAGGUGCUCAGCAGGCGGUCGGUCAGGUGGCCCAGGUCGGCUUAUCGCAAGGCCUGGUCCAAGUGGGCGGCAUCCCAAGCUCUCAGGGCGUCGUACUCGUUGAUAGACAGGCUGGAAUGAGUGGAGUCGUCGGUCAAGGAUCGCACGGUCGCUCACACGGUACCAAGUCCAGACAAGUCUUAGUGGUGGAGAACGGCUCCUCCACGGGUGGGAGACAUGUUGAGAGGGGUUAUAUUGAGACAGGGUCUCUGCAGCCCGGCCAUACGCUGCAGGGCCGAACUGUUUCCCGCAGUUCACGCGGUACACUGGGUUCAGCGGGAUCACACGAGGACUUCACCGCGUCGGCCGCACCCAGAGCGCAGGCCAGCCAGAGGGUUGUCGUGCAGCACAAGAAGGUGUCAGUCACCGAAAGAGCCGAUUCCAGUUCCAGAGCGUAGAUUUGGCACCGCAAACCCAUAAACAUCAAAUCACGAACCCCUCCCCUGACUCCGAAAUACCUGUCAGAGAUGAUUCAAAAUGAUGUAGGUCAGCCAACGCACGCUCGCUUCAGGGAACCACUGGAGACCAGUUUGACUUGAUGCACGUCGCCAGUGUCUGAUGAGUCAAAUGAAUACGACGCAUUAAAAAGACGACAAACUUCCAGCUGUCGCUUUCUUUUGGAUUCUCCUCAGUUGGACGAAGCUCACAUUGUAGCAUCUUUGGCAGGGUCGUGCACAGAGAGACCCCCGGUGGUGCAAAGCUUGAAUUUUAGCCUUUAAAAGCAGCCAUUCUUGUCGUCUUCUUGUUGCAGCUUGUUGGUUUGUGACUUUUUUUUUUCGGACAAACUCAUCUGAGGCUCACCUCGCUGUUAGUUAAUAAUUGUCUUCUUUUAUUAUACUUUUACACCUCCAGAUUUAUGCGUGUCUCUCCCCAUAAAAUGUGAGUCAUCUGAUUGGUUAGACUUAGGAUUCGCACUUGAAAAUUACAUUUGCGUCCACUUCAAUUCAGAAUAACUUGAACUGAGAAAUGAGCUCAAAUGAAAUUGAAAGAAUUUCCGAGGAUUUUUGGAUGUCGGUAUUCCACGAAAAAGCCCUCCAGUAUUCCCGAUGCUGCAGAUAGAGCAGGACAGACUCCCGCCAUGUGUUUCGUAGAGCUCAGUCUUUCCGGUGUGUGUGACUCAUAACAAGAGAUUUAAAGGCAAAAAAAUAGAGAUCUUCCUGCGGAGGGCGCUGUGUGGAUAUGGCCUGUUGGUGCCAUGCAACAAAACCCUGACAGUUGUAAAUAUUAAAUAAACUGCACAUAAUGGGAAUCGCACCAGCAACUGAUCGAAGAGUUUUCUGCUGUCUGCCCAUGAGCAUCCUGCACUCUCCUGCAGGGACUCUGCCAUCAUGUUGGAACAUGCUUUUUUAAAUUUUUUUUUCUAUUAAUGCAGAUGUAAUUAGGUUGGGAUGUGUGUUUGCGUGCGGGAACUUGAUAACGCUAUUGUCGGGCUCAUGAAUGAGAAAUGGCUUUUAAUGCACUGAAAUAUUCUGUGUCGCUCGUGGCGCUGAGGAUGAACUUUCCUCGAGUCGGAGCAGAAGAUGUGCACAUGGUUUUCCUUGUAAUAAAAUAUGAU